UUUACCAUCGGAUUCAUAUAUUUUAUUUUCCCCUUAACUUCUCUCUCUUCCGGCGCGAUUAGAUCUGGGUGCCCUUUAUCAGUUGCACUUAAUCCCUUCAAAUCGGAAUAGAAAAUUCCCCCAAUUCGCUCAUAAUUGAAUUGGAAGUUAGGGGUUUCUCUUAGUUCUGUGAAAAAUCCCCUACUUUGCUCAUAAUUGAAUUUAAAGGCACUUUUUUUUUCCUUGCUUUUAAGGGGUUUGCUUUUACUUCUAGAUUUUUGCUUCUCUAAUUUUUUAUGAAGUGGGAGUGAGUGAGCGCUGGAUUUGGAGAAUUUUGGGCAGCAAAUGCCAUAUUUGGGUAAUUGGGAUUUGGAGGAUUUUUCGGUGAUUUUUUUUGAUAGACCGAAAAUAGUUCAUCAAUGUCUUGGGCAGGCCCGGAAGAUAUCUACCUUUCUACUUCUCUUGCCAGUUAUCUUGACAGGAAACUGCUUGUACUAUUGCGAGAUGGUCGAAAGCUCUUGGGAACACUACGUUCCUUUGAUCAAUUUGCCAAUGCUGUUCUUGAGGGUGCAUGUGAGAGACUAAUUGUCGGCGAUCUCUGUUGUGACAUUCCUUUAGGUCUAUAUGUAAUCCGUGGAGAGAAUGUUGUUUUAAUUGGCGAGCUGGACUUGGAGAGAGAAGAACUUCCCCCACGUAUGACUAGAGUUUCAGUGACAGAAAUUAGGAGAGCACAGAAGGCCGAGAGGGAGGCUUCAGAUCUUAAAGGUUCAAUGAGGAAAAGAAUGGAGUUCCUUGAUUUUGAGUAAAUGUGUAUUUCCUGCAUCCAGUGUUUAAUGUCCGCGAGUUUUAUGGCGGCUGUUGGUGUGGGAAAUGUGCCGAAUAAAACAGUAUCUUUCUGUCUAAACAUGAAAUUUAUGUAACAUUUCAAACAAUUUCCUCAACAAGAUCUUCCAUUGAUCUGCAGAUGUUUUAGUUUGCUUGCUUCUCACGUGCCAGCAAAAUUUGCAACAGUAACUCUCAAGUUUAUGUUUUAGACUUUAGAUGCAAAUUAAAGUGGCUAUCAUUGU